AUGGGUUUACGCGACGUCCUCAAGAAAAAGGACCACCUCGAGCAUGGCGACACCAGCAGCCAGGAUGCCGUAGACAGGCUGGCCGCCCCCGAAUUCACUAAGGAUCAGCUCCUGAACCCCAAGGAAAGCGUCGGCGACCAGAAGCCCCGGCGCAGCCUCGACAUCUUCUUCGGUAGCCGAUCGCGCAGCGUCUCCGCGUCGUCCCAAACGAGCACGACUCCCCCCAGGAAAAUCGGAAGACGGCUGUCGGAACGGCUGCACCUCGGCCGCUCGCCCGCCUCGUCAGACAACGUCCCGCAGAACCUACCCGACAUCAUUUCCACGGCCGAGGGCGAACAAGACGAGCUGCAAUGGGAGAAGCGCGCGACGAUCCUGGCGUCGGCGAACAAGAGCAGGCCCGAGACCCCGGCAGUUGACGAGGAGUCUGGGAACACGACGAGGGGGCGGUCCCUGAGCGCGGCGGUGUCGUCCCCGGCCACAGACCAGGACAUCCAGGAGGCCAUCCGGCUGCACGAGGCGGGGGACUUUGAGAAGUCAACAGCCAUGUUUGCCCGGCUGGCCGAUCCUAAAGGGGCGAAUAACACCCUUAGCCAGUUUCUCUACGGUCUCUCUCUGAGGCACGGCUGGGGCUGCGAGCCUGAUCCAGAAGGGGCGAUCAAGUACCUCUCGGCGGCGGCGUCGAACGCGGCAAAUGUUGAGCAAAUGGCGUUGAAGGCCGGCCUGAAGAAGGGCGGCGCUGCCAAGGGCGAGCUCGUUCUGGCCAUCUUCGAGCUGGCGAACUCCUUCAGGCACGGCUGGGGCACCCCGAAGGACCCAAUCGCGGCCAAGCAAUACUAUGAGACAGCGGCGAAUCUUGGAGACAGUGACGCCAUGAAUGAAAUCGCCUGGUGCUACCUCGAGGGCUUCGGCUGCAAAAAGGACAAGUUCGCAGCAGCCCGUUACUACCGGUUGGCCGAAAAGAACGGCAACAAAACGCUAGGCAACUCCUGGAUUUGGAAGGAGAAGUACAACCCGGGUGCGGGCAAAGAGAAGAAGUAG